UGUGCCAAAUAGUUCCGGCUGGCUAACAAUUAACUUCAGUCCAUGGCUCUGUCACCGGUGUCUGGUAUGAGGAUGAAGAAUCUUCUUCUGGGGGUUAUUCUCGGACUUCUUGCUGUUGUCCACACAACACCUGUUGAUACUGUGACCCAGAUCCCCACCAAAGCUGAGGAUGUUGUUUUCCGAGAGGCCAUGACGGAAGGGUUCCUCCUCGAAAAUCCUUUUCAACUUUCCCUCACAACUGAGUCACCCAAAAGAAACGCGACGCCUCACGCUUCCCCGCAGCCGUUCUCCGAGCCCGAGGGGAGCGCCGCGGGGGGCGACAGCGAGGAGUCGGCGACCUCGGUGUUUGUCCAACAUGGAGGUGACCACUACACAUCUACAACCCAAAGCCCUCAGCCUGACUUUACCUCUUCACCAGUGCCAAAUGAAGCCCAGUCAAGUGUCACCCCGGACCACGCUCCGGCCUCUCAAACCGCUGACUCCAUCUUUGACUUCCUGAGCACUGUGGAUUCAGAUCUAGAGUCUGUAAACGGAGAUGUGUCCACUAUGACCUCUGGUUCCAACACAGAAACCAGCACUGCUUCAACGAGCUCCACAGCUGACGUCAUCGAACACAAGGCGCCGUGGCUGUUCGCAGAAAGUGAGGGAUCAGGAUCAGGAUCAACACAAGAAACCAGCACCGCACCCUCGACCUCCACAGCUGAUGUCACCAGACACGUGGCUCCACCACUGUUCACAGAGAGUGAAGGAUCGGGAACAACAGAGGAAACCAGCACCGCACCAUCGACCUCCACAGCUGAUGUCAUCAGACACGUGGGUCCACGACUGUUUGCAGUAACUGAAGGAUCAAAACCAACAGAGGAAACCAGCACCGCACCAUCGACCUCCACAGCUGAUGUUACUGUAAACUUUCCAGAAGUGCUUGUAAACGAAUCAGUGGUCAAAAGCAUCAGUAGCCCAUUCACUGAUGUGGAGAAUCCGGAUACUGCAUUACCCCAGAACAAAGGACACAUUACACCAGACUGGAUCAUCAUCCUUGGUUUUAUUGUCGGUGUUGCAGCAAUGACAAUGGUCUGCGUUGCCAUCGCUACCAGAGAAAAGUGGAACGGACCAAAGCAGGUUUCCCAGCCACAGACACAAACCGUCUCCUCAAACCAGAAGAGGGAGCUAGAGAUGGAGACAUUUCUGCACAAAGAGGAGCCCAGGGAGAACGGGAAGGCAGCAGAGUACACAGUCAUCCCUCUGGACGAGCUUCCAGAGAACUACUCAUCACACUGAGCUUCACAGAGAGACCCUCUGGUGGCUGGAGACUCAUCACAGAACCACAAGACUGUGUUUGGAGCGGAUGAAUUUGAUCAGAGGAACAUUACUGCCAGGGCUGUUGAGCAAAAAAAAAAAAAAAAAAAAGGUUUCUGUGGCCUUUCACGGCUCGGAGUCCUUCCUGAACGAGACUCAGCGUCUGGUUUUUCCUGCCGGCUUUUAAAAGCUCUCACCACACCUUCACUUUGAAGCUGCUGCAAUACUUUGGUUGACGUAUUUGUUUCCGAAUCAGCUCUGUCAUUAACUGUAAAAUAUCAAAACUAGUCGGGGAAGAUGCACCAAUUCCAUUUAUGUGAAAUAUAACUGGAAAGUCUUUCCAGUGUCAUUGUAAAUAUUUUUAUUUUUUUUCAAGAAAAUCCCUCUGUGUGUUCUUUUUUUUCCAGUGUCUUUGCUGUAAUAUAAUUUAAUAUCUUUGUAAUAAUGUUAUUAAAGUCAUGGGUUGUAACUUA